AUGAAUCAACAAGAUCCAACCCAACCAAUAGAGCCAUUUCUUAAAGAUUUAUUAGCAUCACUAGACGCACAAUAUGCAUCACCAACCCAAUCAUUCCCUAACGUUGAAGCCUACGCCACCCAAUUUGCCUCAAACGUCAAGCGAGACUGUGCUAUAAUUGUCAAUGGCAAACCAAUAAUCCCUACUCCACAAGAAGAUGCUCGAUUACAAUUCCAAAAGAAAUGGUUAGCUACCCCAUUAUCAUCACAUCAAUUAACGAGUUUUGAUUGCCAUUUAAUUCCAGGAACUGGUACUUUCAUAGUUAACUUCUGCGCUAAAGUCAAGUUCGAUCAAAGUGGUAGAAAUAGAUUGGGUGAAUCAGCCGAUUUAAUAACUGAUAAUUCCAUUGGUAGAACUGUGAGACCAAUUUGGGGGUCAAAUUUCGGACUCAAUGUUAAUUUAGUUGUCGAUGAAUCGGUCAUUAACAAUUCAAAGGGAGAAAUAAUAAGCAGUUUAAAUUAUAGAUUUACGUAUAUACCAGAAGAUACAAUUUUAAAAAUAUAG